GCUUCUAUUUAAUGGGGGGGGUCUCUCUGCCCUGAAGGAGUCAGAGGCAACUCUAGGACCAUCAGGAGCAUGGCAGAGGAUCUAGGGCCGGGCUGUGGGGAAACAGCCAGCAUCGAAAUGCUGCCCGAGGACGGCGGCUGCAGACCCAAGGCCAGAGCUGGGCUAGCAUCCAGGAGCAGCAGUGCACGCUGGGCUCUGACCUGCUGCCUGGUGUUGCUCCCAGUCCUGGCAGGACUCACCACCUACCUGCUCGUUGACCAGCUCCGGGCCCAAGGAGAGGCCUGUGUGUUCCAGACUCCAAAAGGACAGGAGCUUGGACCUUCACAUCAGCGAUCUUACGCACCUCCUGGAGCCGGUGGGGAUAAGCCAAGGGCACACCUGACAGUUGUGAGACAAACUCCCACGCAGUCCUUGAAAAAUCAGUUCCCAGCUCUGCAUUGGGAACAUGAACUUGGCUUGGCCUUCACCAAGAACAGGAUGAACUACACCAACAAAUUCCUGGUGAUUCCAGAGUCAGGAGACUACUUCAUUUACUCCCAGGUCACAUUCCGAGGGACCACAUCCAAGUAUGGUGAAAUCAGCCAAGGGAGCAGACUAAACAAGCCAGACUCCAUCAUCGUGGUCAUCACCAAGGUAACGGACAGCUACCCUGAGCCGACCCAGCUCCUAAUGGGGACCAAGUCAGUGUGUGAAAUAGGCAGCAACUGGUUCCAACCCAUCUACCUAGGGGCCAUGUUCUUCUUGAAUGAAGGGGACAAGCUGAUGGUUAACGUCAGUGACAUCUCUUUGGUGGAUUACACAAAAGAAGAUAAAACCUUCUUCGGAGCCUUCUUGCUAUAGUGGCAAGGCAGAUGUCAUUGUGUGAAGGUCCUCUGCCUCUUAGCUCCUAAUUUUCCUCAUUCAUAUGUAAUUAUAACUAGAAGGUUUUUUGGGAACAUCCAUAGAGACAGUGGUUAAGCCAUGAAAUUUAGGGACCCAAAGUUCACACUUUAUGCGCCUUACUGAUGAGACUACUAAUUGGAAAAAGGCAUAAGAGAACAGACCUAUUAUCAUGGUUGCUUGGAAGAGUGGUGAGUUUCUAAACAUUAAAACACUGAUCACCAAAUGAAUGGAACAUUUCCACGACUUCCUACUACACAUUUGUCACUAGAGGGCCCAGAUACUGUUCAAUUUUAUUAUGAAGCAUUUGCUUCGGUUCAGGAAACUUAAAAACAAAAUCUAAUGCCCUAGAAAACAGUGUAAACCCUUCAGAGGCAAAAUCCUACGUCAGUUCCUCUAAACACAUACUUUAAUGCCUUACCUAAAAAAAUGAAAAGAGAGCUGAUAUUUCUCAUAAAUGUUCUCAAAAAAAACAUUGAUUUUCACGCCAUCUAUGGCAAGUGAGGAAAAACUACCUUUCUCUUUAUUAUGUACACAUGCAUCAAAACAAGCAAGUGUGAGUUCCACAUGUAUAUGUGGAAAUACAUAUAACAAUAGCAUCUAUUCAGAACAGUGUUCUUGAGCACCUUUUAUGUGUGUGCUACCUUAACCCAAAAGACACUAUGAAGAAUGAGACAGACUCUACCCAAAUGUAUAUGAAUACCACUAGAUGGCUUCUGGUCAAAUAUCGCUCAACAUAUUCCAAGGACUAAUUCUAAGUCCUAACAAAUCAGACACUGUUACAGAGGAUUUCUGAAGCUCUCCUGACUAUGUAAUAUAACCAGCUGAUUAGGUCACUCAAAAAACUUGAAGACAGAGUUCUAGCUAACAGACCAAUUAUAUAACAAACUUGAUUGAUGCCAAGAGACAAUGGACUUAUUCCCUGGGGGGCAAAAUAUCAGUCACCAAAUCUGGAGAUGUUAACCGAGAUCUGCUUUGAGGUUUGAUUCACAACUUUAUAUGCAGAGUGUUAUAUGGGUAUUUUUCUCUUAAAAUAUUCAAAGGGAUUUAAAUGUGGAAUUGGCUAAUCAGCCCAGCCAAGGCAUCUUUCCUGAAGAAGAGGCUGAACAUUGAGAAGGUCCUUCCAUUGCUUCAAUGAUUUCAUAUCCUCUAAUCUGUUUGAGUUUCCUGCACUCAUAUGUCAAGGGUUGGAGAGGCAUUUCUGCUCUCUUAGCCUCUGUUGACUUGUCUGUAAAGGAGGAAUCCACCAAUCUGUUUCCCAGGAUCAAAUGAGCUCAUGGGGAUGAAACAUGCUAACUUCGAGCAUUCUGUGAACUCUGAGAGCGUGUCAGUGUGACAUGCGGAGUGAUCUCCGGCACCUUGGCCUCUAUAAUAAAGAUUCCCUAUUGUGAGAGACCUCGCAGGUUGGUCCGAAAGCAAAUUUGGCAAUGACAUCACUCUUACUCUUUUUACCAGGAGACUACAGCAGCAGAGACAAGCAUUAUGGGGUUCCUGAACAUGAUGACUGGUGUAGCAGUACUUGAUCAAUAUCUGUUGAGUUAUAAUUAAAUAAAAAUUAAUUUCUAAUUUCUUAGUUGGGAGGUUAAGGCUCUAAAGCCCUCAGCUUCUCAAAACAGUCAGCACAGGCCCAGCAUGAGCACAGAGCAGGGUACGGUCACCUCCACCUGGUUCAGAAGUGACUUCACAAGGGAAGUGAAGCCUGAGUGACUCCUGAAAGGAGGUGGGCAGGCAGCGGAUGGCCUCAGGGAAAGGGCAUCUCAGACAGACUAAUUACCCUUUGCUUAAAGCAGAAAGGAAAGGUUUCUCAGUAACUACAAACCCAGCUUGAUGAGAGAAUGUUUCCUCAACCAACUCCUAGAACAAUAUUUAUUGCUAAAUCAGGAAUGCUUUAUCAAUGACUCCAGUCUGGCUCCAAGAUCAGAACUAACACCCUAUUAAGGAAAUAAAAUGCUCUGCCUGCAUCUGCAUGAGCGCACCCAGCAACCUGGGAUAUGGGAGAGGAUCUGCAUGCAUAGAAGGGUCCAGAGUGGCCUACUCACUUUCCCCUCCACUGAAAGGCACCCCUAUACCAAGGGCCCUCAAACCUUCCCUCUGUUCCAUAGGGAAUCUGGUGAAUUUGUAAGUUUAUCCAACAAAUAGGAAUUUCCUACUAUCCUAGAAGACUUGAGGCUUUGGAAAAAUCCCUGCCACGUAUUUAUUUCAUUCCUGUCAUAAUCCUGUUUAUUGAAGAUUGUAUUGUGCUCAAGUCUUCACUGCUGAAUUUGUUCAAUUCUCUCUGAUAUUUCUUUUACUGUUCAGAUAGGCCCAGCCAGACAUUCCUAGUGGAACUCAAGUCAGAACUUCUGUUUCCUAGGCAUUAUGUCCAUAGCAAAAAUUAGCAUACUAGUUGGGAGAAUGAGGUGGGAGAGUGCUUUUUAAGAAUGUGAUGGUCCCCUAAAAGGAGUAAAUGGGGUGCAUCCAAAGAUUUGGAAGGGAAAAAGGAGCAUGCUUAUGUGCUUUAGAAAAUAGUUAAUGUAGGGAGAAAAUGUUUUACUGAUUCAAUGUCUCUGAAAAGGCUGAAUUCAAAUCAAUUCCACAAACACUUACUGAGUACCUACUUGCCCUGGGGAUACAAAGAUAAAUUAUUUUAGUUUCAGACAUAUUCAUUCUAACUGCUUAGCAGCUCCAUUGUCUGCAGAUCCUUUAAUUUAUUUUGGUUGUAUUAGCUAAUUAAUUAGCUAACUUUAGACACAUGGAUAUUUUCUCAUUACAAAAAUGGGUGCCAUUUGAUGAA